CAUUGACCGAAUCGAUAGUGGACCUGCAGCUGCAUCAACGCAGGGUUGGUCUAGUACUAUGGCAUCCCACUGCGUUAAACGUGUUGCUCACAGCUGGCUCGGACAAUCUUGUUAUCAUUUGGAACGUCGGCACGGGGGAGGCCCUGAUGCGCCUCGACUCCCAUCCAGACGUGGUCUAUUCCGCGUGCUGGAACUGGGACGGAUCCCAAUUAGUCACCACGUGCAAAGAUAAAAAGAUUAGAAUUCUGGAUCCGAGGUCGGGCGAGAUAUUAGAAGAAGCUAUAGCGCAUGAGGGAAGCAAGGCGACUCGUGCCAUCUUUCUCAGUGCAAGAUUCUGUAAUUUUUAAUGGAAAGACCGCCAGACUGAAUUUUCGACAUGACGAAGAUGCCCAACUUAAUAUAUACGAAUGUCAAGAUGUGUGUGCUCUGUAAUUCUCCAUAGAUAUUGCAGUAAGUAUUGUGCACCAAGUUAUUAAUUCAAACUGUAAUUGUA